AUGGUCAAGAUCAUAUUUGGAGAAUCAUCUAACAAGUUCCAUGCCUUGCAAAUCGCUGGCAGUUUCUCUCAAUGGGGGACCGUCCCCAUGGAUUUAGUCAAUGGGCAAUGGACCUACCAGAUCAAUGAAUCGAAGCUGGAACCAGGGACCAAGAAACUAUUCUUUAAAUUUGUGGAUGAUAGUGGGAAUUGGUUCGUGGAUGGUAACUUCCCCAUUGAGGUUGAUGAACAUAAUAAUGAGAAUAAUGUUAUGGUGUUGGAGCAAGAUAAGGAGGGGACUGCAGAAAUAUUGAACGACGAAGGUCCUGAAACACCGGCUCCCUCUUUGAGAGUUGGAGUGGUGGACGGUGAUAAAGAAGUGGAAGUGGAAGUCGAGGAACCAACUGUUCAUGAACCUACCCCUGAAAUGGAAGAAGAAGAACAACAACAAGAAGAUAGGGAGGACGAACCUACCGUGGAAGAGACUACGCCUGCAUUGGAAACAGAUUUAAAUAGAGAUAUCCCUGAACCCACUGUGGAAGAGGAAACACCGGAACCGAUUGUUAAAAAUACACAAGCCAUGGCUGAAACAGAGGUAGAAGAUGUAACGAAUGAGCAAGACGACAAGGAAGAGGAAGAACCAUCGGUCUCGCCUGAUAUCCAAGAUGAAAGUGAGGAAGAAGUUCAUUCUGAAAGUUUGGAAGAAGAUUAUGAAAUGGUCAACGCCCAAAGCUCAUCCUCGGGCGCUAAUGCAACCUCAAUUAAAACAACACCAUUAGAACCUACCACAGAGCAAGCUGUUGCUAAUGUUUCUACAAUACCAAAUCCAGACACAGCAGAAUAUAGAAGUCUGCUUAGAAGGAUUCUUGAUGUGUUUGGUAAGAUAUUUGGUUCCUGGUUCUUUUUCUUUAGAUCCCAUAGAAACGAGAAUGAUGAUGACAAUACUGCUUUAGAUGCUACAGAUUAA